CUGAAGUAAACGGUCGGGCGCUAAGACCCAGAAGACCAGCAAGAGGCUGUUGAUAGCAGCAUGCUAACACAGGCUAGUGCUGUCACCAGGAUUCAUGAACUACAUUUACGACAAUAAUUUUAGUAUUUCAAUUGAGACUUAGUCAUGUCUCAGGUGGAGAAGAAGGCAGGGCUGCUGCGGAGGACCUCGUCCUCCAAGAAACCCUUGAAGGAGAAGGUGGUGCUCAUGUAUGAUGAGAUUUUUGCAAAAGAAGAUCCAGCAAAAAACAACCCUCGCUUCUGGGAUGAGCUGUUUCUUAUGAAGGUGAACCUGGAGUACUUGGAGUCCAAGUUGGAGUGUGUAGAUGGAGAGGAGGUCCAGCGAAUCCAGGAUAACAUCAACUCUCUUUUUCAUCACUGUGUUCAGGCUCUCGGAGAGGAGCACCAGAUCAAAGUGGUCAAUGCCCUGCAGACUCUCUGUGCACUUUUCCGAGGGGUUCAUCAGAAAAACAAGUCUGCAUCUGGCUUUGACAUCAUCAACAUGCUGAUGGGGUUUGACAAGGCAGAGCAAAGGAUGAAGGACCUGAUGGAGAGACUGGACAGUCUUCUUUGUGGAGACGGAUCAGAGAGUCUGAAGAGCUUGUGUCUCAAACUGCUACUGUGUCUUGUGACGGUAACUGACAAUAUUAGUCAGAACACCAUACUGGAAUAUGUGAUGAUCAACAGCAUCUUUGAAGCCAUUCUGCAGAUUCUGUCAGAUGUGUCCAGUAGAGGGCAGCAUGGUUACGAUGCUGUGGUUCUCCUGGCGCUUCUGGUUAACUACAGGAAAUAUGAAUCUGUCAAUCCAUACAUAGUGAAGCUCUCCAUUGUGGAUGAUGAGCCAACACUAGAUGGAAUGGGGAUGGUUGUCCACCAAGCUUUGACAGAAUAUAACAGGCAGUACAAAGACAAAGAAGAGGAGAACCAGGGGGGCUUUUUUUCUACCCUCACUAGUAUGGUGGGCAGCAUGUUUAUAGCAGAUGCUGAUGAGAAACUCUCUGUACAGACAAAUGAGGCCAUUCUGUUGGCGCUGUAUGAGGCUGUGCACCUAAACCGCAACUUCAUCACUGUACUAGCACAGAGCCACCCUGAAAUCGACAUCCCAACAACUCCUGCCACCCCGACUCCAACCACACCUACAACACCACUUGGCACAACACCGCCCUCCCUAGAUAUGAUGAACAACCCAGAGCUGCCUCUGGAUCCCAACCUGCAGACGAGCAACCUUCUGAUCACCUUCCUCAAAUAUGCCUCCAUUGUAAUGCAAGACACUAAAGAUGAGCAUCGACUCAACAGUGCCAGACUGUGCCUGAUCAUCCUCACCUGCAUAGCUGAGGACCAGUAUGCUGAUGCCUUUCUUCAUGAUGACAACAUGAAUUUCAGAGUCAAUCUCCACAGAAUGCCCAUGAGACACAGAAAAAAAGCAGUGGACAAGAACAUCCCAUCACGGCCCCUUGUGUGUGCUGUACUAGAUCUGAUGGUGGAGUUUAUUGUCACCCAUAUGAUGAAGGAUUUCCCCAUGGAUUUAUACUUGCGCUGUGUGCAGAUCAUCCAUAAACUGCUGUGCUACCAGAAGAAGUGCAGAAUCAGGUUACACUACACCUGGAGAGAGCUCUGGUCAGCACUAAUCAACCUGCUGAAGUUCCUGCUGUCAAACGAGACCACACUGCUGGCAAAACACAACAUCUUUCAUCUGGCCUUACUGGUAGUAAAUCUGUUCAACAUGUUCAUCACAUAUGGUGACACGUUCCUGCCCACCUCCAACAGCUAUGACGAGCUGUACUAUGAAAUCGUACGAAUGCACCAGGUCUUUGACAACCUCUACUGUAUGGUUUUACGAGUAUCAACCAACACGGGCCAGUGGAAGGAGGCAGCCAGCAAAGUCACACAUGCGCUCGUCAAUGUUCGGGCGAUCAUCAACCAUUUCAACCCCAAAAUAGAGUCUUACGCUGCUGUGAACCAUAUCUCCCAGCUGUCAGAGGAGCAGGUGCUGGAGGUGGUUCGUUCCAACUAUGACACUCUGACGCUCAAACUGCAGGAUGGUUUGGACCAGUUUGAGAGGUACUCAGAGCAGCCCAAAGAAGCUGCCUUCUUCAAAGAGCUGGUUCGCUCCAUCAGUCUGAAUGUGAGGAAAAACGUCUCUCUGAACACACUGAGUCAGGACAUCUUGCUCAAAGAGUUUUCCACCAUCUCCUGAGUUGCACACAGAUUUGCACAAAGCUUUCUCCUCUCUGCUCAUGGACAUGGACAUGGACAUGGACUUGGAUACUUCUCUGUGCACGUGGACAUGUUAUAAAACUUUGACUCUUGGGAUGCAAAUACAAACCAGUACAAUCCCCCGUUCUUCUUUCCAUCAUUACUUUCCUUCCUCUGUCUUCUGAAAACUGAACAUUGAAAACUUCACACAGACGGACAUGUUGACAGGCUGGAUGCACCUUAAGCAAUGACCUGAAAAACCUUUUUGCUUGUUCGUCUCUGUGUUUAAACUUUACAGAAGUGCCCGUGUUGCACCAGUAUGUCAUGUGCAAUCUACAGUAUUGGCUGGACUGUUAACUAAGUUUCUAUUUCAAGGUGAAGAAUAAAAGUAUUGUGAAGGCAGACGGUCCUCUGAUGUGAGCUGCUGUCACACUCAACAUUUUAGGAUGAUUUUAGCAGCUUUAGGGUUUGAGUGAAAUGUUAUUUCCUCACUUAUAACAUCUGCCCAGGUGAACCUGAGCCUUUUGUGAGCUUGAAUCUUACUGUAUGUCUUUUGGGAUUGUGGCAUUAACUCUCAAUGCUUAUUGUGUGAAUGUUAACUUAAUUCUCUACAUGUUUAAAAAUGUAAGUAUUUUGUAUUUACAUUUGCUAAGGGGUAGAGUAUUUUGAAAAGUGAUUGAGAAUGCUCUGAAGAAAUUACAUUCUUUUAUUGUUGUAACAAACCUUUUAUUUUUAACAAAGCCAUUAACAUUUAAAACUGUAUGGCACAUUUCUUUAUUGGAUUAACAAAUAAAUCUGAAUGUGUUUGGGGAAGUAGGAGGGGUAGUUCAGACAUCUGUUGAUAAAAUGAUUUAAAGUAAUGAUUCAUGAAAAUGUUCAUUUCUGAUGUGUCUCUUGCACAAGCUGUCUGGUUAGUGUUAAAGAUUGAUUUUGAUCUCAUUCUGGCUCUUUCUCAUUCAAAACUUUUGAAGUGGUUAUUUUUGAUUAGAAGCAGAUAUGAAUUCUGUAAUUUUUCUCAAGUGUAGGGUCUCAUUUCUGUCCUCUAACUCCUGUAGGUAUAUUUAUGUUUCUUUUUUAAAUAAAGGUUUGUUUCCUUA